UAGUAGAUAUGUUGUGUUUUUAUUAAAAUAUUUUAUUAAAUUAAAUACUAAAAAUAGAAAUAAACGUUUCCUAAAUAUACUUUUAAACCGUCUUUAGCCUCUUAAUAUAACAUUUAGUACCUGACUAAUAUAUUUAGUGGUUCACAACACAAGACCACCGAAAAAAAACACCCAUAACACCGCCUAAAUAUUGGUUAUUUCGAGAACAUUCAUCUCUAUGCAAUUCACUUUGUCAAACGACUAAUUAACACAUCGUUUAAUCCGGGUGACCGCAUACAUCAAAACGAGUGAACCCAAACGGGAGAGCGACUUCCGGAGCCACGCCGGCAGAGAGGAGUGACAGGUGAUUUGACCAACAGGCAGUUCUCGCGCAGUGAGGUCUGCGUCUCUACAAACGGGCGGGAUAUCCGCAGGAGUAGGCUGACUAAUAACAUGGCGAAGACUUACGAUUACUUGUUUAAACUUCUUUUAAUCGGCGAUUCAGGCGUCGGGAAGACCUGCGUGCUUUUCAGAUUUUCAGAAGACGCCUUCAACUCAACGUUCAUCUCCACGAUAGGUAUUGAUUUCAAGAUCAGAACAAUAGAAUUAGAUGGAAAGAAGAUCAAGCUACAGAUAUGGGAUACAGCAGGACAAGAGCGGUUCAGGACCAUCACGACGGCCUACUACAGAGGAGCCAUGGGCAUCAUGUUGGUGUAUGACAUUACCAAUGAGAAGUCGUUUGACAACAUCAAGAACUGGAUUCGGAAUAUAGAAGAGCAUGCCUCAGCAGAUGUGGAAAGGAUGGUCCUUGGGAACAAAUGUGAUGUCAAUGACAAGCGACAGGUGUCCAAAGACAAAGGAGAGAAGCUGGCGCUGGAGUUCGGAAUCAAGUUCAUGGAGACCAGUGCAAAGGCGAACAUCAACGUCGAGAAUGCCUUCUUAACCCUCGCCAGAGACAUUAAAGGAAAAAUGGACAAGAAGCUGGAGGGCAAUAACCCGCAGGGCAGCAAUCAAGGCGUAAAGAUGACAGAACAACCCAAGAAGAACAGUUUCUUCCGCUGCACACUCCUUUGAGGAGACUUCAGUGUUGGCAUCCACCUUCGCCUUAAUGUGUCCCCCCGCUGGACAGAACUGGACAGCGCACACUCUGAUCUCUCUUUUUCUUUUUCUUCAUUUGUCUUCCUCCUUUUCUGUUUCUCUACUCUGAAAAACAAAAGUUUAUCGCCCUCUCGGUUCCCUUGACAACUGUGAAUCUAACUGCUGUGGCUUCGGCAAGACGCUUAAUCUGAUCAUUAGAUUAACGGUUCUAACUUGUUUCCUUAGAUUGUAUUGGCUUUUAAAGACUGCCUCCCCGUGAGACCUGAGAAAUGAUCAAACCUUUACUAUUCGCAAUAAUAUCUGAUUCCAAGGGGAAUUCUUUCAACUUAUGUCAGUGUCUCUUGGUGAAGUCUUAGUUAUUCGAUGCUUAACACUCAAAGUUACUUCCAGAAAAGGCUUAAUUUUGAAUAUACUCCAUCUGUCGAAUAAUGCAAUGUAUAUAUCCAAGGUGACGAGAGUAUAAUCCAACCUAUUAUGCCACAUUUGCGUACUGACUUGGUGGCCUAGACUUUUAUACAUCCACAUGAGGUAAACGCAACAUGUAAAUAUGUAUCAUUGAUUAGGAUUCACGAUAUGAAACAAUAGUGGAGACGCAUGUUUCUUAUAUUAGAGUUGGGGUUGACAUGUCUUCUGUCCACCUUUUCGACUUAUAUCUCUAUAUUUCUUAGGCUGAAACAUUCCUCUUGUGACCACUUUAAUGUGCAAUCUGGCGUAUGUGUGUGUGGGGCCCAGGUUUAGCCUGUUUUAAGUAUUCACGUGGUUGCAGUAAGGCUGGGCUCUUGACCGAAGUAUGCUUGUUCUAAGGGCACACGGACUCCUUUUGUAGUUGCUUACCUCAUCAUUUUAGGUAUUGCAAUUCCUCUGCGUUAGAUAUGAUGCGAUUGCUGGGAGGUAGGCGUUUAUCUGAUAACAAUACCUAACUCUGACACCUGGAGGCAAUGCUCUCACGCAGCAACACAAGGAAUCCAGCAAUGAUGAGAUCAUUGCUUUAUGCCUUCGUACUUCUUCCUGUCGUCCGUUCCAGUGGGGGAACACCUACACAGCUGUUUUCUGGGCCUUGGAUUGGCUGUGCUCUAGCAGUAUUUAUGGAGGGAAACGAAACAUAGCACCAAAAUUACAAAGUGCCCUUUUAUGUUCUUAUCAAUUUAUUAUGCACUUUUUCCUUUUUUUGUUCUUUCUAGAAAAAUAGUUCUGAACAUUUGUUGACUGUUUGUUCCGGUCUCAAGCGAAGAAAAUUCAUGCACAAGUGUGUGUGUGUGUGCUUCCUCUGAACUAUUGGCACUGAACCAAGUGUGUUGGGUUAGUGUGAUGAGCACAUACAGAAGGCCUUUGAUUUAGAGAUGCGUCUCACAUUACAACAUUCCUAUCAAUCAAUAUUUAGCUUGUUCCAGCUUCUUAUUCAUUUGCAUUCCCAUUUAUGCUUUUGGGAACCCCAGAUGCUCCCACCCCUCACCCACCUAGUCUCUCAUACUUACCUCUCCUCUUCCUCCUCUUUCCAGACAGCACAUGGCUCGUUUGGCCGUCUGAACUCUGCUUUCUGCGUAGAAAAACCUCAAAGAUCUUUGCACAUUUCUAACAUUAACAAAGCUUGUUGAGUCAAAUGUGCAAAGAUUUUUGCCGUUUUAUUUUCUGCCAUUACUCCAAAUCCUUUUUUGUAUUUGCUGGGUUGCGCUGGUGAGGCAUAGGAAUAAGAAAGUAAUUGAAAACUGAAAAUCAUUUCUAGCGGUGCUGAGAAGUUCUGAAUUUAAUAUUUAACUGUAAUUGUUAACUUGUGGAUGUAAAUCAUUGCCGUUAACAUGGUUUGACUCUUGGCACAAUUUUGGUUUAACUGGCUCUCAACUCGACUCAAAAUACUGAUUUGGGCUUAAAUUUCAUCAGAAUUUCAUUUGAUUGGAGUGAUUUGUAGUUCUCGCCAGUUCCAUGUUAACUAAAUUUGGAUUUCAUCGCUGAUUAUUGAUGGAUUUCAUGGGGAAUAAAUGUAAUAAUUCAGCAAUUGUAAAUAAUAUCUACAAUGAUUGUACUGAAGGUUCAUAACUCUUAUUGAUCUACACAUUUUGUAGAUAUGUGUUUUGAUGAUUUAUUAAAAGAUUCUUAAAUAAAUCUUUUUCAACUUCUGCACCAUUUCUUGGGGGGGGGGGGAGAUUCAUGUAGCUGUUUAAAUAUGUAAAACAAUAUGAAGAAGGUUGCUUUGCGUGUUUGUUUAUUUGCAUUUGACUUGAAAUGAACUGGAGAUACUUUUCAUUCGUAACGCACUUCGUAAGCACAUGCAAUUGUUAUUUCUUACCAUAAUAAAGAUGUCCAACCAUGA